AUGGAAUUCGACGUUUCUUAUGCUCCGACGGGCGAAAAGGCUUUAUAUUAUAUUCGACGAGUACUGUUCCCCUUCUUCACGUUCACUACGCUAGUUUGUCAAACUAAAGACUCGAGUAUUCAUCUCAUCUUUAGUAUUUAUAAUAGGCUCUUUGAUCAUCUUGAAAGAUCUAUGCGUUAG